AUGACUAUGCAAAUCAAGAAGCUGGUGUGCUUGCCUUCUCGUACCGGAAGGCAUUUACAGCGUUAUAAUCAGGGAUUUCGUCAGGUUGUUGGAUGUAUCCCAUAUAGGAUCAGAAAAAACAACAACAACAACAACAACAACAACAAUUCUCACCUAAUCCAUGGGACUCUUAUUGAAGAUGUAGAGAUUCUUCUAAUAAGCUCACAAAAAAGUCCAAGAAUGAUGUUCCCAAAGGGCGGAUGGGAACUCGAUGAGGACAUCGAAUUAGCCGCUUCACGAGAGACUCUAGAGGAAGCCGGCGUAAUCGGCCUUCUCGGAGAAAAGCUAGGCGAAUGGAUAUUCAAGAGCAAAAGCCAAGAGAAGUAUCACGAGGGCUCGAUGUUUCCCUUGUUGGUCACCGAGGAAUUGGACACGUGGCCCGAGAAAAACGUCCGCCGACGAGUUUGGAUGACGGUGAACGAGGCUAGGGAAGCCUGUGCCCAUGCAUGGAUGAAAGAAGCCUUAGAGGUGUUCGUUUGCCAGCUGGCACCUCGGCCGAGAGUCGAGGAAGAGAAAACAACACCGUUAGGUUCGUGUAGGUUGGCCUUGUGCCGCAAGGAGGAUCCCUUGCUGAGGCUCUCCAUCGGACCACAAAAUGCUGAUGAGGAUAUCGAUUGUUAUUUGAUCAGUUGA